AUGACCCUACUGAUUUUGGUCCUUUUCACAUGUUUCUUUGGACUAGCCUCCAGUCAGUUCUUCUACGAUGUUCCGAUGUAUAUGCCAGUACCGGUUCCGCAGAUGGUGCCUGUAUACGUACAAAUGCCAGUGAUCACUCCUCGUACUUCUGCAAUCAGUCCAACCUCCUUCGAGACAACUGGCGACGGGAACGGGAAGGCUUAUUUCAAAUCUCUCAAUGACAAGCUUCCAGGUGGAGUAGGACGAGGGCAUGUCUACGAAUAUCAUGGUCCUGGACAUCAUGAAUAUAGCAACAGUUACUCAACUUCUCAGUCCUGGGGUAGUCCGAAGAGCAACAGUUUCUCUACCUCUGCUUCCGAUUCGAGUGGAUUUUCGAGACUGUUUUCGAACUCAUGGUCCUCUGAGUCGAACAGUCAUUCUGACGGCAGUGCGGCGUCUUCUCCACAUUUCUCAAGAAUUACGGCGGACCGGAUCGAUACGAUAAACCUAUCGCAAGGUAUCGCGAAUUCUAAUGGUUACAUUGCUGAUGUACCUCGGAGGCCAGAUCUUGGUGCGCAGAGAGAAUAUGCCACAGUGAAUAACUCGAGAAAGAUGAAUUUCUGCUUGCCUUUCAUAACCGACGACUUGAGUAAAGCUACACGGGCUAGUGUGGUGAAAUACGUUCUCGAUAACCAAGUGAGAAUUGUGAAAAUACCUCCAACAAAUCUCGAGAAGUAA